AUGGAGAGAUACAAAAGACAUUUUGGAGUGGUAAAUAAGAGGUUAUUGGAGAAGUUGAGUGUUGCUACAGUCCCAGCUGAUGCCUUGGAAACUACUCGUCACUUAUUGAAGAUUGUAGUUAAAGAUGCAACUUUUGCUGCUCAUGGCCUCACCAAGGAUGCCUUGAAUCACAUCAAGACUCAUAUUAUUGAUAUUAUGCCUUAUUUACUCUUGUCUGCCGUCACUACAAAUGCUGCAAAAGAGGCUAAGGAAAAGGGAGAAUCCAAUCAUGAACAAUAUGAAAAAGAUAAAGGCAUUCAACAAAAGGAACCUUAUGUAUCACUAACUUCUUCCUCAUUUGCUUCACUAAAGUCAUUAUCAAGGCUCAAGUUAAUUAUUAAUUAA